AUGGGGAAUGAAUUUGUUAGUUGUCUGCUGCUGAUCAUCUUCGCAAUAUCACCAUCAACAUCAUUAUACAACCCCAUGGAAUAUGAGGACCAAUUGAUGAGAAAAGGGACUGGAUACCGGUUGCCGAAUAUUACCGCUCCAAGGUUAUACACCCUGAAUUUAGAACCUCACAUUGAUGACGAUGAAUUCAGUUUUGAUGGUAGCAGUAGCACUGUUUUUGAAGUCUUCGAUCCAACAUGGAUUGUAACAUUACAUGCAUCGACAUUAAUUAAAAUCGAUAGGACGUAUACAGCACUCAUCUACGGUGAUGGCACAAUUGAGAAACCAAUUGCUCAGAGAUAUAACGAAGAUCUACAAUUCUUCAACCUUCGAUUCAGUCGUCUCUUGGAAAUGGGUAAUUACACUGUUAACCUAAAAUGGAAGGGAUAUAAUGCUCCAGAUCUGCGAGGAUUCUAUCGAGCUGUCGAUAAGAAUAUGUAUGGGGAAUCUCAAUAUAUGGUAGCCACCCAUUUCGAACCGCUAGCAGCCCGAGCUGCGUUUCCGUGCUGGGAUGAACCUGCUCUCAAAGCCGAAUUCGAAAUAUCUCUGAAGCAUGCGAAAAAAUACAGAGCUAUCUCCAACAUGCCUAUAAAAGACCAAACUCCAGCUGAGGAUGAGAAGAUAUGGACGAUUUUCCACCGUUCUCCAGUUAUGUCAACUUACCUGGCAACAUUUGUACUGGCUCCUUAUAAGACUCUCAACAAUGAGCAUGGAAAUAUGUCAUUCUUUGUUCCGUCAGAUAAGCUAAAGUUUACUGCAAUUGUUUUCAAACUCAGUGCAAAAAUUGUCAACGUAUUGGAGAAUUAUACCGGCACCCCCUAUUCCUUACCUAAACUGGACGCUGUUUACGUCCCUCAGUACUCCUCCGCAGCUACCGAACAUUGGGGUCUCAUCGCAUACUCGAGGGCCAUUUUGGUCGAUCCUGACUUUGCCACGCAUCGGCAGCUGAUUACUGCUGUGUUACUAGCAGCCCAUGAGCUUACUCACCAGUGGCUAGGAAAUUUAGUGACCCCUGCGUGGUGGAGUGAUCUUUGGUUAAGUGAGGCUUUUGCUGUAUAUUUGGGAAACAAAAUAGUAGACGAUAUAAUACCCAAUUUUCAUGCCAUGGAUCUCUUCGCGAUUGAAACCGUUAAUGAUGUAUCAUUCCCAGCAGAAAAAUGGUCUAGAGAUCGACGUCCCAUCAGAUGGAUGCCGGAUGCACCGCACGAAAUCAUGGCAAUGUUUUCUUCUGUGACAUAUCGGAAAGGCGCUGCUGUAGUUCGAAUGUUUGAGCACAUGAUAACCGAAGAGGCAUUUCUUUAUGGCAUCAAGAAAUAUUUCGAUAAACAUCAAUUUGGUACGGUAGUAACGAAUGAUCUAUGGCAAGAUCUUCAAGAAGGCUACAGUGAAAAAGAAGCACCACCUCAUCAAAGUUUAAAAGAAAUUAUGAAUCCUUGGGUAGAACAAACGGGAUAUCCACUACUGAGGGUCACGCGAAAUUACAAAACAGGAUGUAUCAGUAUCACACAGAAUGAUGCCAUGAACCCACAAUCAGGGAAUCUUUGGACGAUUCCGAUCAAUUAUGCAACGACUUCACGGCCGGAUUUUUCAUGCACACGUCCAACACACUUUCUGCGAUCUGCAAAUGAGAGUCUCAUACUUAAUGGAAUCGAUGAAAAUGAUUGGCUCAUUCUGAAUAUUCAACAAACAGGUUUCUACCGUGUUGACUACGAUUGGGAAAAUUGGAAACGUAUCGCUGCAUAUUUAAACUCGGAAAAUUACCACAAAAUUCACGUACUGAAUCGUGCACAAUUACUCCAUGAUGUCGCAUAUUUUGCUGAAACAGACGAACACUAUUAUGAGUUACUGAUGGAUAUGGCUAUGUACUUACGUAGGGAAACAAAUUUUUUGCCUUGGACAGCUAUUGACAAAGUCAUGAACCGAUUUGCAAUGCCUCUGAUGAAUACACCCACCUUCGACGUCUUUAAAAGUUUUAUGUUACAUAUUAUGAAUAAUAUAGUCGAUCAUAUUGGUUUCGAAGAUCGUCCAUUUGUCGACAAUAACUUAGUUUAUUUGGCAAGAGUUGAACUUUUGCCGUGGGCAUGUGCUUUUGGUCAUGAGGGGUGCAACGCUAUAGCUUCUAUAAAACUAAUGGAGAUUCUGAAUGGCAAAAUGAAGAAAUCUGUUCGUACUGAGCAUCACGGAUGGAUUUACUGCACUGCUUUAGCUCAGGCCAAUGAAACGCUUUGGGACCUGGUAAUGAACGCUCAUUGGGCGAAUUCUCUUAAACACCGGCCGUUCAAAUAUUUGGGAUGUACAAAAAAUCAUUAUUUGAUUAAAAAGUACCUCACCCUAGCUUUCGCUGCCAAUGACAGUCGAUGUUCGAGUGACGUCUAUGAUGGACUGAAUUCAAUGAUUACGGGAUCAGCGGAAAAUUACAAUUUUGCUCUUGAUUAUUUAAUUGAGAACAUUCAUCAAAUUCAUAAAUAUUCAGAUGAGAGAAAUUCAACAUACGAAAUUGGGGAUCUUUUUCUGAGGUUUGCCGAAUUGACCAAAACACUGAAUCAGUUCGAGAGGUUGACAAAAUUCAUCAAUAAACAAACCGAACACGGAAAGAUGAACGACGUCAUAAACAUCAUUGACAUCGCAAGGACUUCCAUGCGAAAUUCGGAAAAGUUAUCUACAAUAUUUAGUUCCAUUGUGGAGAAACCGUAUUUCCUGAAUUUCAUACAAAAUUGAAAUUGAAAGAAGGAACGUCCAUCACGAUUCUUCGCACGAUCUAGACAUUGAUACAAUAAAAUAAUUCUUUUUUCACCUGGAUCGAGCGUCAGAUCUCGGAUUGUGUAAGAGGGAAAAUGUGGGUCCUCUAAACAUCCUCUAUUUUUCAAUUAUAUAAUACAUAUAUGAAGCGAUUAUUCAGGAGAAAUAUCGUGAAAUACAUAUAUAUAAAUUUUAUCGAAACAUUCAAAUGUAAAACUCCCAUAAAUUGGAUAUAAUUUAUAAUUGUUAUAUAUUUUGAACUACGCUCAAUGUAUAUUUCCGAUAUAAAUGUUACAUACUACCCUUCAAUUCGGAAAUAGAUUAUAGGACAUGAGAUAUACUCAAACUACUUCAUGUAUAAAUAAAAUAUAUCACCCAUGUAAUUUGGAAAUGUGUUUCAUGGAAUAUAUUAUGGAUAUAUUUUUUAUCUGA